GAAAAAGGAGAAGAAGAAGAAGAAGAAGAAAAAAAAAAGAAGAAGAAGAAGAAGGAGAGGAAGGUAAAAGGGUGACCGAGCAAAAGAAGCUCUCGCGUCCUUUCUUCUUCUUCUUCUUCUUCGUCGUCCUGUCAGUGACCUUGGUUUCCCCGUCACCAAGGCAAGGAAUAGUUUCGACGACGAGAACUGAGCGCGCUCCGUCCAAAGGAUAUCGUUUUUCUCUUUCUCGGAAAUAUACCAUACGUACAUAGAAGAGAAUAGAAGAAACAUGACGAUGGCUAGCAACAUUGUGGUCGAGUGGUUGCGUUCGCUCCAUCUCGGCCAAUAUUCCGAAUCGUUCAUCGACAAUGGCUACGACGAUCUUGAAAUAUGCAAGCAAAUCGGCGAUCCCGAUUUAGAUGCUAUCGGUGUUUUCAAUCAAACACACCGUGCACGUUUAUUACAAUCUGUGAAGACAUUAAGGGAGGAGGGAGCAGCCAGCGUUUAUUUCACGUUAGAAGAAACUAACGAGUGUCUUUGCGAUAAUGUUAGCUCAAAAUCGUCUAGAACAUCGUCGGAAAGACCACCGAGCGACAAGGAUGUACAAAGGGCAUCACCAACUGCUAGUUCUUCGAGCGGUGGUCAAGAAUUGACAAAGUUCGCGGAUGAAUACGAAGAAGGGAAGGCUGAACUCGUCAGGAUCCCUCGAAUGCAACUUAGGAUGCUACUGCAAGAGAAGCUGAGGCAUGACGGCAUCAGACUCGCUUGUCAACCUUAUACUACACCGGUAAGUAGACCCAGAAGCUGUCCCGUGGCCAUAACAGACGUUCAGGAGGAAGUUUCUAACGCCAAACCGAUGUGGGAAGGCGAGAGGGGAUACUUGGAGGGACUAGCUUCAAGGUAUGCAGACCUCUUCAGAACGCAUUACGGAGAUGUCCUGGAGCCGCUUGAGGAGUUACGCCGACGCGAAACAAAUGCUUCCCCCAGAAUGCCCAACACUCAGCUUACCACCAGUCAUUCACAGCCCAUUUACGUGCCUGGAAAAUACUCGCCAUCGAGUUGCCUCAGUGAUAAGGAAGAAGAUGAGAUCUAUGGCUUCGGUUACGGUGUCUUCAGUAGACAAAUGCUUCAACAUCGUCAACAAAAACUUGCACUUGCCACGCAGAAUACGGCCGCCAUGACACCGGCUGGACAUCCGCAACCUUACCAAAGCUGUCUGAGCCCGAGAUCAGCAUUUUUCUACGAAUUUCCACCUAAUGAGCAAGGACAAAACACUAGUAAGAAGAAGACUACAUUUUCAAGGUUAUUGAGAGGUUUGAAAACGCACAAGAAGGAGAAGCAAGGUCAAACGCAAGGAUCUCCAAGACACGGUCGUGCGAGAAUAGGAGUACCACAGAGAGUCGAUACGCCGGACAGCGUCCUUCAGAGUGGAUUAGGUCCAGGACCAGAUAUGGGUCAUACGAUAUUACGUUCAAUGGUAGACCCGCGAGAUUACGACCGACUGAGGUAUUUGCAAAUGAAUGGAGGUCAGCCAAAUAGCUUUGAAGAGACUAUAAAUAGGUUGAAAGUUCAAGAAGCAUUGAGGCAAAAAGAACGAUUUCACAAAGAACACGAGGAAAUAUUAAGAGACAUCAGACAUGGCUUAAUGCAAUUAGGACGAGAUGGACGUGGUCAGGUUACAGGAGACGAUACCUACAUGUACGACGAGGAUGCUCGAUGUGGAGGUACAGGUGGUUUAGGUGGUGGUUUAGGAGGUCAACAUUGGUACGAUGAACCACCAUACGAAUCGGACCCCGAAGAUUUUCUUAUGGGAGCUAGUGGAGGUCCCGUACCUACGGCUACCAUUCAAAAUGGAAGAGUAUGCUUUACAUUGAAUCCAAGACCCGAAAAUAGAGGCGAAGGAGUGAUUUCCUUGAGAACUGCCGGUGACAUCAGUCUACCACGUGAACGUUCCAAAGGAGCAGCUUCGACGAUGCGAGGAUUGAUUGUACCUCAAGGACAUAACAAUCCACCCACGAUUAUACCUCUAACGCACUCCAGGGCUUCACGAGAGAGUGGAGAUUAUGCGAGCAGCGACGUUCAAAGCCGGAGUAGCGGGGAGGAGGGACUUUCGCCGAGCCAGAGCAGCGACUACGAGGAACAAGAAGAGCUUGAGAACCAACACUCCGCCGCUACACACACAUCGGAGGCGAGUGCUCUAUUGGAUGAAGAAACUAAAACUGGGGUGGUAGGUGGACGUGCAAGAAAUCUCAGACACGAUGUACAAACGAAGAUCUCAAGGCUUCGCCAGGAUCGAACGUCCUCUGAGGCCUUUCCUUGUAGCGCCAGUAGCGUCGAGAGUCUUCCAAGCGGAAGUGGUUCUAGCACGCAAGCUUUGGUACGAGCGGGAAGUAAUCACAGCUCGAUAUCGUGCGAAGAAAGAGACGCCAUAAGCCCGACGUCCAUCGGCCCUGUACUUUGCAGGGCGAGAGCCUUGGUCGAUUACACACCUAGUCCUUACGAUAAGGACGCGCUCAAAUUUAAGAAAGGUGACAUCAUCGACGUGGUACAAAUGAACAAAAGUGGUCUUUGGAAAGGUGUCGUUCACAACAGGAUAGGACACUUCAAAUUCAUCAACGUAGAGAUACUGAACGAUCGAGUACCAAGACGGGGUGACUCGGAACGUAGUAGCAAGUGGGGUCAAAGAUACAGGCAAAAGCCCGGAUCGGUUCAAGAGCUUUUACAAAGAAUGAAUCUUCAGGAACACAUUUCCGUUUUCGUGCUGAACGGUUACGAGGAUUUGGAGCUGUUCAGGGAAAUAGAGCCAGCGGAUCUCGAUUAUUUGAGUAUACAUCAACCGGAGCACCGUGCCAAGAUACUUACGGCCGUACAACUACUGCACGACCUUCAGUCUGGUAGCGAAGGAGAUUUGGCUUCGAGUUCAGAAGGAGACGAGGUUAGCAGAUUAGUUCUUCAUUCGGGACAAACGUCCGGUCAUUGUUCUCCCUUCAAUCGCCGUCAAUUUCCAAGGGAUUCUGGUUGCUACGAUGCCCAUAAAAAUCCAACAAGUCGCCGAAACGUCAGUCCUGAAUCAUCGAUGACGACGAAGAUAUCCAGAGAGAAUAAUCUCGACAGUAGUGCUCAGAGUAAGAUAGCAGCUGGCAAUGUUACCGGCGAGGGUGGUAAUACAUUAACAGACGUUAAGGAUGACUUUCAUCCUAAUAUACCUAUUGGCGGAUCACUUUUAACGCAAAAGGAAGGACAAUUCGAUAAAUCACCUUUGUUACGCGGCGGUAGCGCUAGGGCAAUCGGAAAGAGAAGUAAUUUUGGAGAAACUGUAGUGAUCGAGGAAGCCUGCGAAGGUAAUCAAAAGCUUGGUAUGGUCAAAUACGUUGUCGGUGGUAACACAGAUCUUGGACUCGAAGCCGCUCGUGACGUUACCACGGCUUUGAGUCAGCGCGGUUGUUUAAGCGAGAAAUCAAGCGAUUCUGGCGUAAGUUCGUCUAGCAUUAGCUCGGCACCUCCACCAAGAGACAAAUCAUUAGCUACCGGUACAGGUCCCUCGCAAACAUCAGUUUCUCCUACCAAAAAUCAAUUCGGUAAUUUCACGAGAACACCGGUGACCUCACAAACUACCGCCAAGGCGCAAGGUAACGCAAGCUCAGAAUAUCCGUGAGUCGACGAGAAAAGGCGAAAUUAUUCGCUGAAAUGGCAUCGACCUUAUUAAAAUAUUCCGAUGAAAUAUCUUAAAGAUAAAUAUUCGAAAAGGCCUUUUUAAAUGUUUCAAGAGAAAUAAAAGCUUUACAAGCCAAACGUGACUAUGUAUACUCGAUCGAUUAAAUGACUUGGUCGUUUUGGCUGCUUCUUCUAAGUAUACUUAUCCGAUCGAAUCGAGUAGAUACAUAUUAUGUAUAUCGAUUAAAAAAAAAGAAAAGAAAAACAAAAAAAGAUAAUAAAAAUAAAAGAAAA